AUGCAGUGCUUUAGGAAUGAUGAGCUAUGUGAUGUUGUGCUCGAGGCCUGCGGGCACGGUCAUCCUGGAGGAGCCGAGUCGGAAAGCGCUCCUCCAACAAUAAUAGCUGCUCACAAAGUUGUUUUGGCAGCUUCUUGUCCAUACUUUAGGUUUAGAUUUUGUAUUAUGUCUUUUUGCAGUUGUGUGACAUUGAAGAUCCAAUGUUAUUCCACUGUACUCUUGUCAUGUCUUUCAUCUGCUAUGGUAGGGUUUCCUAGAUUUCUUUUGGAACAGCUGGAUGCAACGAAUUGUCUGGGGAUCGCAUCAUUUGCCCAAACACACAACUGUACGCAGUUAGCCCACGCGGCACAAAUGUACACUCACCAACAUUUUAGGUUGUUGAUCGAGAGCGAAGAACUGCUAUCUAUGGAUGAGGCCAGUUUUAUCGAGCUUAUUUCUGAUGAUCGCCUUACAACGGAGGUUAGACUUGGUGAAGAAACUGUUUUUGAAGCUGUGGUUAACUGGGUGAAGUAUGAUCCAUCACGGAGAGCUUCCUUACCAAGGUAUCGGAAACAACCUUUAGUACGUUUAUGCGGUCUCAUUAUGGUUGUCGGAGGGCAAGCACCGAAGGCUAUUUCAAGUGUGGAUACAUUUGACCCGGAUUCACAACGUUGGAACUCGCUGGCUCCAUUGCAGCAGCGCCGGUGCCGAUGUGGUGUAGUGAAGGCGGGAGAUUUAAUUUAUGCAAUUGGUGGCUUCAAUGGAACGGCACGAAUUAAAUCUGUAGAAAUUUAUGAUCCCCGCAGGGAUUUGUGGUUAACUGGUCCAUUUAUGGAAGCCCGUCGGAGCACGUUAGGUGUUGCAGUUCUUGAUGGAUGCAUAGUUGCAGUUGGUGGAUUCGAUGGCUCUACGGGGUUAUGCAGUGCAGAGAUGCUGGACCCACGUCAGGGUCAGUGGAUGGCAUUGCCUUCGAUGACGACACGGCGAUCAAGUGUAGGAGUUGCGGCUAUGAAUGGUGUUGUUUAUGCUGUAGGCGGUUAUGAUGGACAAUCUAGACAAUGCCUAAAUUCUGUAGAACUCUAUGAUACGCGAGCGAAUCGAUGGAGAAUAGGAGAGCCUUUGCUUGAGGUCCGAUCGGGGGCUGGUGUAGCCAUAUAUCGUGAUCGCCUUAUUGCUGCCGGUGGCCACGAUGGACCAGUGGUUCGUGCAACAAUGUUGUCUGGUGAUGGUUGGAUGUAUUUGCCAGAGAUGUCGGUGUGUCGAAGGAAUGCUGUUAUUGCAGGUUUCGUUUUCGCUCUUGGUGGUGAUGAUGGUACAAGUAAUUUGUCAUCAGUGGAAUGUUUAGAGGUAGAUGGUGUGAAUCAGUGCUGGAACACAUUACAGACGGAAAUGCAACAGGCGAGAUCGUAUUGUGGGGUUACCUUAUUGCCAAAAAUUUAA